AUGACCGGUUCACGAGCAGACUAAUCGGAGUGACACAGCGCACAUUACGGAGCUGGGGAGAGUAGAGUUUGGUAGACCUCUUGUAGUUUGGUUGAAUUCAACAUGUCUUCCACAGGUAGUGCAAUUGAUACUGACUGCAUAACGCUGACGCGUUUUGUGCUGGAAUCGCAGAGACAGUUUCCUAAAGCGACAGGCGACCUGACCCAACUUAUCAAUGCCAUUCUCACAGCUAUCAAGGCCAUUUCGUCAGCUGUGAGGAAAGCAGGGAUUCAUCACCUGUAUGGCAUCUCGGGGACAGCCAAUGCCACGGGGGACCAGGUGAAGAAGUUGGACGUGUUGUCCAAUGAUUUGUUCAUCAACAUGCUCAAGUCAUCCUACACGACCUGCCUCCUCGUCUCCGAGGAAAAUGAAACAGUUGUUGAAGUGGAAACUGAAAAACAGGGAAAGUACAUCGUGUGCUUUGACCCUCUGGAUGGUUCCUCCAACAUUGACUGCCUCGUCUCCAUCGGUUCCAUCUUCGGUAUAUACAGGAAGAAUGGAGAUGGACCGGCAACAGUGAAAGAUGCCUUGAAGCCAGGGACGGAGGUCGUGGCGGCAGGAUACGCCUUGUACGGCAGCGCCACCAUGGUGGUCUUGUCUACAGGAGAUGGGGUCAAUGGCUUCAUGUAUGAUCCCGCAAUUGGAGAGUUCCUGUUGACAGAGAAGAACAUCAAGUGUAAACCCCGUGGCAAGAUUUACUCCCUCAAUGAGGGUUAUGAGAAGUUUUGGGACGAACCAACAAGGGAGUACGUGAAGAGCAAGAAGUUCCCGGAGUCUGGCAAACCUUACGGUGGCAGAUACAUCGGGUCUAUGGUAGCGGACGUUCACAGAACCCUUGUGUAUGGAGGAAUAUUCAUGUACCCAUCUACCACAGAGGCACCGAGAGGAAAAUUACGUCUGCUGUACGAGUGUAACCCAAUGGCCUUCAUCAUGGAGCAAGCUGGUGGAAUGGCUACAGACGGGAGACAAAGAAUUCUCGAGAUCCAGCCCAAGGAAAUCCAUGAGCGUAGUCCCAUCUACCUGGGGUCCAAGGAAGAUGUACAAGACGUCAUCAACUUGUUUAAGAAGCACGCCAAAUAAUCAGUUAUAUAUUCAUUGUCAUCCCCAUGUACGACCGAUACCGACACACCAUAUUGAAUGAAAGGUGAAGGGUAUCAGAGUAUUCAAGAUGUCAAAAGUUUGCUUUGGAACAGUUACAUAUUCUUUUGUGUUCUUCACUACACUCAUUAUAUAUAUGCACAUAUAUUUCGGGAAUUUCACAAGUUCAUUUGUUAAGGCAUUUGCCCUCACUAACCUCUAGACUGUAAACACUGCAAACCCAAAUUAGUGAUCCGCUGUCCAUAUAUUCAGGAUUUUACCUUGACUCACAGAACUAAUUUCAAGGGUCCUUGAUAAUUAUUAUGAUAACUGAACAUUUAUGUUUUUUGUCAAGAAUUUGCUACAAAACAUAUUAUUGUGUCUCUUGGGACCCAAUAUUUUUCUUCACUGCCUCCAUUCUGUACAUUUGUUUAUCCUGGAUGCACAUUGCUGCGUCGUAAGUUGUCAGAACUCGCAGUCCUGCAUACAUAGAGGAUAUUAUAUAUGUGUUCAUGUCAUACUAUGUUUACGACACGAGUGUCUAAAUACCCGAAUUAGUCUGUGUUGUAAACAUAGUAUGACAGGAACAUGAAUAUAAUGUUCUAUUUAUUACAGAAGAAGAUGACUAAAUACAGAGAUGAAUGUUUACCUAUGACGCCAAUAAUCUUCAGCUAUGACGUCUUUUCUAGUGUGACGUUAUUCCGACCUUACGCCACAAUAAGGUUUGAAUGAAUUCAACAAUGACGUCUGGAUGAUGGAAACAAUACACUGUUGUCUCGUGACGUGAUAUGACCCUAGGGCACAAAUGAUUUUUAUGACCCCGAUACGUUUGCCCUUGUAGGUAAUAAAUGUCUUCAUCAUUGAGGAAUGUUUUCUAUGCAGGACAGCGAAAUACUGAUGUUUGCACAAGGCCGGGAAAUACUGACAAUGUAUAUCAUCUUGUUACUGCAUAUGUGAACCAGGGACUUAUUCAACAUAGCAGUCUUUGAACCUUGUCAUGAACAGCUAGUCGGCAAUGAGAGAUACUUUGUUGAACAUGUCCCUUGGCGGAUUUAACCAAAACAGUCUCAGUCUGCAACUCACCACUAGUCCAUAUGAUAAAACUACAAUGUACAUAUGAUGCUGAGACCCAUGUGGGCUAGUGGACAAUGUUUUGGCUCAGACUGCAGCCUCAAUGCGGACAGUUGGGCACAUAUAAGAUGAGCAAUCAGGUCAUAAUACAGAGUCUAGAUAACCUCAGACUGCAUAAUAAGUUGUUUAGAGUGAUUACUGUGUUCAUUGCUGGGGAGAGAUAAUACUUCGGUGACAAUUCAGUCUUCCUCAUUUCAGUCCAAAGGACUUCUGUGAUACCUAUGGGAAGAACUGACCAAUCAGUCCGUUGUGUCCAUGUCUGACUGUGAUUGUUGGUGUUGUAUCUUGAGAAAUCCAUUGCCACAUAGUAUUGACAUCUCAGUAAGCUGACAUCCUUCCAAACUGCUUAGUCAUCCAUGUUAAUACAUCAGAGAAUGAAAACGCUCACAUCUAUUCAUGUAUACUGAACAAAAAACGUUUGGGUUCAUGAAUAUGAUAUUUUUAUGGAACUGUGUCAGUCUUCACUAAAGUACAAUAUCAAAAAUAAUAUUUAUGAUCCCUAGCCUUUUUUUGUUCAGUAUAUUUUGACUUGAGUGUCUGCACUCAUUGUAUAACAUUAUAAGCCUUUGCGUGUUAUUUCACAUUGCUGACUGUUUUUGUUGUACAAUCAGACUUGUUUGCUUCAUCAAUAAUUGCAUUUUCAUAGUUCAGAAAGUUUGUUCAUUACUCUGAGUGUUCACUGGUCUGUCAAAAAGGUUGGUUGGAAAUUAUUUCAUCAAUCAUGGGGGCUAUCUGAAAUAUUCAAUUGAGUGUCAGUGUGUACACCCUGUGGACCCUCAUGAAUCAAAAGCAGACACUAUAUUUUUUCCUUAUCAUGUGAUCAAAAAAAGACAUCAUUGAAUUUCAAAGAUCUGAUUUAGAGAUAAAUACCGAUAAAGGUGAAAUUGCCAAUAUCAAGAUAAGAUCAAGGUCAAAUGGCCGUGCUUUGAUGUUUCCAGUCCGUUGACUUGUUUACUGCAAUUAUUUCACUAUGUAUCACGGAGGGUUCAGUGAUGGUGAUAAUGUGUGGGAUAAUAAAAAUAUGAGGGCAACCUUAUGGUUAAUUUUCUUAUGGUUUAAAUACAUUGUUUAAAUAAACAUAUAUAUUGCUUA